AUGGUGCUGGCAUGGUGCUGGUAUGGUGCUGGUAUGGUGCUCCUGGAGAGGUCUCCGGGCGGUGCUGGAGAGAAAACAGCCAAUGGUGAGGCGCUGGAUGGUGAGGCGCCGGAUGGCGAGGCGCCGGAUGGUGAGGCGCUGGUUGGUGAGGCGCUGGAUGGCGAGGCGCUGGAUGGCGAGGCUCUUGAUGGCGAGGCGCUGGACGGCGAGGCGCUGGACGGCGAGGCGCUGGACGGCGAGGCUCUGGACGGCGAGGCGCUGGAUGGCGAGGCGCUGGAUGGUGAGGCGGUGGUUGGUGAGGCGCUGGAUGGCAAGGCGCUGGAUGGCAAGGCGCUGGAUGGCGAGGCGCUGGAUGGCGAGGCUCUGGAUGGCGAGGCGCUGUAUGGCGAGGCGCUGGAUGGCGAGGCUCUGGAUGGCGAGGCUCUGGAUGGCGAGGCGCUGGAUGCUGAGGCUCUGGAUGGCGAGGCUCUGGAUGGCGAGGCUCUGGAUGGCGAGGCGCUGUAUGGCGAGGCGCUGGAUGGCGAGGCUCUGGAUGGCGAGGCGCUGGAUGCUGAGGCUCUGGAUGGCGAGGCGCUGGAUGGCGAGGCGCUGGAUGCUGAGGCUCUGGAUGGCGAGGCGCUGGAUGGCGAGGCGCUGGAUGGCUAG